UGGAACAUAUUUCGCUUAUAAAUUUCGUUCUGUUUCAGACAAGUUAUUUCAACGUGUCGCACCGUUAGACGGUAUCUCUUUUUGUUCGAUUUUGUGCCGGAAUAUCGAGCGGACCACUAACUUUUCUGACUUUGUUUUUAGAAAAAGGGCUGCGUAUCCAAUAACAACCGCGGCGCUCCUUAUCUAUUCGCACUUGAACCUUUGCAAAUAUCUAAGUGGGAUCUUUCAGGUCAUUCGCUGGCCCCGCGGAUCUCUGGCGCGGCACAGGUUUCACGUUUACCCUGAGCGACGCCACUCUCCUCCUUCGAAGGAGCCACGCAGAUUUUUCGCGCCAAUCCAAAAUUGUAAAGAGGGUGGGAGAAUAAAAAGCCCAUGGAGAACGACCUGGAAGAAAACGUCUACGAAACCCCCGACAUGGAGCUGGAGCUGACUGACGACCAUUCCCUGCAGGGGGAUGAAGAGGUGCAGUACGACGAGGUGGCCCGCUCCUCCUCGUCCUGUUCGGCUGUCUCCAGCCCGGAGAGCGCGGGGGAGCUCAGCGAUCAGCAGCAGGAGCCCUCCGGUGACAGUGAGCCUCCCGACUGCAGCGUUUACCAAGAGGUCUUCGACGCACCGGAGGAGCUAGAGGAGCUGGAAGAGGUGCAGAGCGACGGCCAGAGCUCCGAGACUUACAGCACGCACCUGAACGGCAGCCCGAGCCGAAGCAGUGACCAUGGCCAGCCUUUCGAGAUUUCUCUGUACGUUAAGGCUGGCAUUGAUGGAGAGAGUAUCGGAAAUUGCCCCUUUUCUCAGCGUCUCUUCAUGAUUUUGUGGCUAAAAGGUGUUGUGUUCAAUGUAACAACAGUUGACCUAAAGAGAAAACCAGCUGACCUGCAUAAUUUAGCUCCUGGUACUCACCCUCCAUUCCUGACCUUUAACGGAGAUGUCAAGACAGAUGUCAACAAAAUUGAAGAAUUUUUGGAGGAAACACUGUGCCCACCAACGUACCCCAAGCUUGCAGCAAAGCACCAUGAAUCGAAUACUGCUGGAAUUGACAUAUUUGCAAAAUUUUCAGCAUAUAUUAAAAACACAAGGAUAAAUGCUAAUGAAGGCCUGGCAAGAAGUCUGAUCAAAGCUCUGAAGGAACUGGAUGGAUACCUGAACACUCCAUUACCUGAAGAGAUUGAUGCUGACUGUGUGGAUGAUGUCAACGUAUCCCAACGCAAAUUUCUUGAUGGUGAUGAGCUGACAUUAGCUGAUUGCAAUCUUUUGCCCAAGCUUCACAUUGUAAAGGUUGUAGCAAUGAAGUAUCGAAACUUCGAGAUCCCAGCAGAAAUGACGGGAGUCUGGCGAUACCUGAAUAAUGCCUAUGCACGAGAUGAGUUCACCAAUACCUGUGCGGCAGACACUGAAAUUGAAUCUGCUUACGCAGAUGUAGCGAGACGGCUUUCACGAUCUUAGAUCGAUAACACGGUCAUUCAGUAUCAUUGCUAACGAUACAAAAUGGUCUCACAUCACAAGACUGCGUUUGAUUGCCUUGGUUUUUAAACCUAAUCCCGUUCACAGACACCAUAAUAUUUCAGCUGUCUGUUUUAGUUUCAAGUAACAUGAGAAAUUUAUAAUCGAGCACUGAUCAUAAGUGUGAUGUUCGGCCACCCGCCACACCCGCUGUCCCAAAUUAAUGAAUGUUCAUUGUUCAUUUUUGAUAGAAGCUGUUUGAAGUUUAUUGCCUUAUCUUAAAAUCGCAGCGAGUCUUUACGUUUACGUUUCAAGGAAUCAAAUUAACAUGACACGGUCUGAGAUACAAGAAGUGCUGCAAAUUAUAAAAAUAUCCAGAGCCAUGACGAUUCCAUUUAUUUUUCCAAAGCUUGAGUUGACUGUUGAAUUUGGAGCUCAAAUUGAAACUUUACGAUAAUGAAUUAAGUUUAGGCUGAUAAGCAGCUAAAUUAGGACAGGCUACCCGAGUUAACUCACACCUCAAAAGCUUUAAUCUCGGGCAAGCAGAAAUAAAAUUUUAGUGAUGACAGAUUGGAUCCUUUUUAUAAAUUUCUUUAACAUGAUCAAUCAGAAUGUUCGUUUUUUUAUGGUACUUUAACUGUAUCUGAGAGCCAGGUCAGUCCUAAACGAAUCAGAUAUGACAGCUUCUUUUAAGGCAUACAAGCCAAACUAUUCAGUUAUGCUUUUGAAUGAUGUUCCUGUUUCAUUUCAAGGCAUUUUAAUGUUUUAUUUCAUCUCUGCAUUGUUGGAGGAAUUAUUGAGGGGUUGUUUUCUUGUAUGAAGGCUUCCUGUUUGUUUUUACUUUUCAAUCUCAUUUCUGAGUUUGGACCACUUGGAUUAAAUUAACUGUUGAGGCCUAAUAUUGCUUUGAAAUGUAAAGUAAAUAACAGAAAAUAAAUCUCUCUUAUAGCUCUUCUAGUAUUUUAAGGAAAGUCCCAAAGCCCCUUACAUAAGACCUAAGAAGAAGAUGUGGGAUUAACAAAGGAAUAGCCUGCCUUAUGCCAGAAAGCAAUUGAGAUUUUUAUUUUAUAAGGCUGAUAAAUAUAAAUUGAAUAUUUUGCAGAUAAGAUUAGUCCAACAAUUGGAAAUCAAACAAUUUUUGUAACUUAUAGUUUCUAAGCGUGUGUAUACUGGUAGUGCAUUUGUUGUUGUGUUAAAAGAAUUUUAUUUGUCUGCUAUUUUACUGGAAGAACAGGAAAUAAGAUGGCUAUAGCCCCCAACAGACAUGAAUUUAAAUCUUGUUUCUAUAGAUUAAUUGGGUGCUAUUGUGAAUCCUUUUAGAACUGAAACAGAUUCAUAGAAAACAAACGAUCAGAUACCUGAACACAAAUUUCAAGUGUGGGGAGUUAGUCUCAUCUCCAUUUUCCAGAAUAAAGAUGACUUAUCAGAAAUGAUUUUGAAACGUGGAAAUUUAUUAGUUAAGGACAAAAACAAAAUUGUUAUCUUUUUGUUAAUUGAAAAUCAGUGUUUGUAUUAAUGGCAAAGACUAACGAUGCUUAAUUGUAUAACAUCAGCACAAUAGUGCAUAAAUUGCGUCCUCUGGUUGAACAGUGAUUUGCUGUAGCUGAGCAUCCAACAGUGUGUGGCAUUUGUUUGACUUGCCCCAACUCAUUUAAGAUUUUUUUAGUUUCUUGUAUUACCAUUUUUUUGAAAGUUAGAGCUGAUUACAGUGCAGUAAGGGAAACUGAGAUCUGUGACCUGACAGAACAAAAUAUGCAACUGCACAUCUCCUUAACCAAUGAUAUUGAAGCAUUAUGAAAUUAACAGCUCAAAGACUGACAGGGAAAUGCAAGUGAUAAUAGGUGAAAUCAGUGUCAAAUCAGGCGCAGAAAGAGUAAUAAUGAGGGAAAUAAUGAAUGGAUAGAGUGAGUAAAAUGUAGAUUUUUUUAGAGAAGAAAGACAUCCCGUAAAAAUCACGUAUUGGUUCCUGAAUGAUAUUUGUAGUAAUUUAUGAUAGAUAGCUUAAGGAUCACAUUCUGGCCUAUUGCAUGAUUGCUUUAGCAGACAAGAUUAAAGCAAACUACUGGUUUAAUUGAUCAACUAGAUGUAAUCCAGCGUUUUAUCCAUUUUGUACCUUCUUGCAAAUUCUGCCAGAUUUCAGCCGAAAUGAUAAAACUAUAUAGAUGUAUGAAAAUCUUCAGUAAAAAACAAGGAGUUGCUUUUUAUUUUAAUGCAACUCGCCACAGAAAUUUGUAUUCCAUUUUACUUUGAAACAGUUUCUUGUUGCAUCCGGAGAGGCAUCUGAUCAGUGUGGGACCAUUUUACUGAUUUGGCUCAAUUAAAACUUCCAUCCGUUUUUCAAAUGUUCACAUGUUUGCAACACAGCUGAAUGGUUUGAUUUAGAAAGCUAUUGAGUUUGUUUCAUUUAAAAGAAGCUUUUGUUACUGUUUCGCUUCACAUUACGCAAAUAGUGUUGAUUCCAUUGAUUAUGGAUCUCAAUUCAUUGAUCACUUAAUGUUAAGCCUCAUACAUGUGUCUGGAAAUAUCUAUCUUCAGUUGUUGGUGUCCUUACAGAUUUACACAAUUUAUUUCUGUAUUACUCGUCAUUUCAGACACUGGUGUUUUCUCCUUUUGUAGUAACCAGUAUUCUUCUGGGAAUAUGCUAAAGAAUAGUUAAUGAAGAAUGUGGGUAAGCCAGAAAAUAAUGUACCUCCAAUACCCUUGAACUACUGUUUGCCACUCCUUCCCUGCAUGGUAUACCCAAUUUAAGUGAACAAGAAAGCAUUGAAGAAGUUAGGUGAGCUUGGAAGACUACACUGUUGAUUUGCUUGAAGGCCAAGACUUUGCUUUUCUUAGUCCUGGCUCAUGAGAGAAACUGUGGUAAAUUAUCUGAUGUAACUACAAAUUGCUCCUAUGCCUAGCAAAUAUUUACCUCUAGGCUCUGACAAAUGCAUCUGUGGUGGUAGUAUAUAACUUUUUCACCUCUGUGAAUCAUGGACAAUAGCUGUCAGCAAUACAGUAAGAUUGUCCAUCAAACAUAAAUAGAUCUGUACCCACAAUCCGGUGGAGAAAGUGAUGAGUUUCAGUGUCUAUCGCUAUUCAAGCCUGUGAAUAGUGCAAGCUACACAGUCAGCAACCAUGACUAGAAAGAAAUCAGUCUCCUUAACUACCUGCUGUCCUGCCCCCUACAUGAGUGAACUGUUAACUGUGAUGAUCUUAUAUUGUUUCUGAAAAAUGUUCUCCUUCUCCUGUUUAUGUAUUUAUAUACCACACACUACUCCUGGUGCUAGGAACUCUUUCUACCACUCCAUAAGCAGUUAAUUGGAAUAGAAAAGGCCAUUGAGAUCCAAUUAAUUAACCACCCUGCCUACAAUAACAUUAUAUGCCGUAUUACAGCUCUUAGCAAUUUUCUUAAAUGUAUUACCACACUUCAUCUUCACUGCCACUGUUUGCACAUUGGCAAUGAAAGACAAAUGCCUUUAAUUUUUAACUUCCUCCAUUCCUGUAUAGGGGUGGCAGAUAUUAAGGUGUGUCAUCUUCACAUUAUAAUGGUCCCUUGGUGGAACCAUAGCUGUAGUCUGUAUUGUGGCAGGCUCUGCUACAGCUACAGCAAAAACAUCUAAUAGUUCCCACCAGCAGAAUUUCCCUGGCUUGUUGUACUCUUCACAUUUACUGAAGUAGGAGUCAUGUCUUGCACUGUUGAAUGAUGACAAUUACCUGUCCAUUUUUGCUCUUUCCUAGAGUAAUACAGCAUGGAAACAGGCUGUUUGGCCCAAACUGAUCCAUGCUGACCAUGGUACCCACUCAGCUAGUUCCAAUUGCCCGCAUUUCUACCAUAUCUCUCUAAACCCUUCCCAUCCAUGUACCCUAUCCAAAUGUUUUUUAAAUGUCGCUAUUGCACCUGUCACAUCCACGUUCUGUGGCAGCCCAUUUCAUAUACACACCACUCUCUGCGCGAAGAAGUUACUGCACAAGUCCUUCUUAAAUCUUUCCCCUCUCAUCAUAAACCUAUGCCCUCUAGUUUUCAAUUUCUCAUCCCUGGGAAAAAGACAGUAUGCAUUCAUCCUGUCUGUGCAUGUCAUGAUGUUAUAUGCCUCAAUAAAGUCACCACUCAUUCUCCUACAUUCCAUGGAAUAAAGAUCUAUCCUGGCCAACCUCUCCCUAUAACCGAGGCCUAUUAGUCCUGGCAACAGCCUCGUAAAUCUUCUUCGUAGAUUUGUUUGACUAUGUUGUUCCUGUAACAGGGUGACCAAAACUGUACACAGUAUUCCAAGUGUGGCCUCACCAAUGACUUAGACAACUGUAACAUAACGCCCCAACUCCAAUACUCAGUGCCUCGACCAAUGAAGGCCAGCAUGCUAAAUGUCUUCUUCACCACUCUGUUCGCCUGUGAUGCCACUUAUGAUGAAUUAUGUACUUGUACUCUUUGGUCCCUCUGUUCCACAACACUCCUCAGGACCUCGCCAUUUACUGUAUAAGUCCUACCUGGGUUUGACUUCCCAAAGUGCAACACCUCACAUUUAUCUGUAUUGAAUUACAUUUGCCAAUCCUCAGCCCACUUCCUCUUCUGAUCAAGAUCCCUGUGUAAUAUGUGAUAACCUUCCUUGCUAUCAACGAUACUUUCUAAUUUUGUUUCAUCUGCAAAUUUACUAAUCAUGCUUUGUACAUUCGCCUCCAGAUCAUAUAUGUAAAUAUCAAAUAACAAAGUUCCCAGCACCGACCCCUGUGGCACACCUGCAGUCUGAGAAACAACCUUCAACCAUUAUCCCGUGCCUCCUACAAUCGGGCCAAUGUUGAAUCCAAUUAGCUAGCUUUCCCUAGAUCCUACAUUCAUAACUAGCUUGCCAUGCGGCAUCUCGUCAAAGGCCUUGCUAAAGUCCAUAUAGACAGCAACCAUCAUGUAUCCUCUUGGUUGCCUCUUCAAAAAACUUCACAAGUUUUGUCAGGCAUGAAUUCCUGCACACAAAUCCAUGCUGACUAUCCCUAAUCAGACCUUGUCUAUCCAAAUGUUGGUUGAUCCUGUCCCUCAGUAUCCUCUGCAAUAACUUGCCUACCACUGAUGUCAGGCUCAUUGGUCUGUCAUUCCCUGGCUUGUCUUUGCUACCUUUCUUAAACAAUGGGACAAUAUUAGCCUCCCUCCAGUCUUCCGGAACUUCACCAAUGGCGAAAGACGAAGGAAAAAUGGCUGCAAGGGCCUCAGCAAUUUCUUCCCUAAGUCUUCCCCACAAUGUCUGAGAAUAGACUUGAUCAGGUCCAAGUGAUUCAUCCACCUCAAUGCACAUUAAGGCUGCAAACACCUCCCCUCUGGUAAUCUGUAUGCAGUCCAAAACAUCCCCACUUAAUUCCCUUAUUUCCUUAGCAUCCAUGAUUCUCUCCUCCAUAAACACUGAGGAGAAAUAUUUGUUAAAAAUCUCCCCCAUCUCCUGUGGCUCCAUACAUAGAUGGCCAUGAUAAUCUUUAAGGGGAUCUACUGUCUCCCUAGCCACCUUGUUUAAUUUUAAUACAGCUAGUAAAACAUCUUAGGAUUACCUUUAAUCUUAUCUGCCAGAUCAAUCUUACACCCUCAUUUUGCUCUUCUGAUUUCCCCCUUAAGUGUGCUCCUACACUUUUUAUAAACAUCUAGGGAUUCACUUGAGCCCAAUAGCUAAAACCCAACGUAUGCCUUCUUUCUCCUGAUCAGAGCCUCAAUGUCCCCUGUCAGCCAGGGAUCCCUAAACCUACCAGCUUUUCCCUUCACUCUAACAGGGACAUACUGUCCUUCAAUCUGGAGUCUUGGUAUUUUGUUCACAUCCUGCACAUGGAAGGAUAACUUUGUCUUUUUUAUAUAGUUUUUAAACCUUUCAGGGCCAUAACUGAUCCAUAAGAUAAAUAAGAAAUUUGUUUUACAUUCUUAUGUGAAUACUUUUGCAGUAAUUUUGUUUUGCUGCAUUGCUGUUUCAAAAAUCCUCUGUGGAGCCUAAAAUUUUACUCUCAGUUUAUUUCAUAGGCACAAUUUCAUAGGCACAAUUUUCAGAUGAUACGAAGCCACUAGAAUUUGAGAAAUCCGUUCAGAAAAAACAGAAUUAAUAACGUCAUUAAAAAAGGAAAUAAAUGUAUAUCUGAUAUUAAUAAAGGCAAAGUUUGCAAAGUCGCCAUUUUCCCACUCUACCAUAGGACUCCUCUUUCAUUAGGAGCGAAGAGUGGUGGUGGUUUAAUCUGAGGGUCACCAUGCCUCAGAGGAAGGGAAAAGUUGAGGAGGAGAACCCUUCCGCUGGUGUAGGAAUUGAACCUAUGUGUGACCAAGCAAAUCAACUCCAUAUCUGAUAUUGAUGACAUCGUAACCCAGCACUGGAACUGAUUGCACACUGCAUCAACUAUCUUUCAUUUGGCUCAGUUUGCCUUCCUUAUGUUCAACAGUAUCACUUUUUGCUGUGCAUGUUCUCUGAAGGGCAACCACUUGGUACACCACUUGUCACACUACAAAGAAAACCAGCUGCACUGUUGAUGGAAAAGUACGAUUUAUUUGACCAUUGUCUUGUAUGCUCUUCAAUGUGGGUUCAGCAGGUGAAGCCAAAGUUGAGAAUCUGUGGUUGAUAUAUUUUCCAUUACAGUUUUUGAAAAGUAAGAUUUAAGGGGCUUUUAAAAUUCAAAAACUUCUGAAAAGGUGGGAUUAAAUGCAUAUUGAAAGAUGAUUUUCUAUGAUUGCAGAAUCAAUAAUGAGGGCUCACUUAUUUGAAACUGCUCCCUAAAGUGUGAACAGAAAGAUGAGCAGAGAUCUUUCAUGUGGGGUUGUUUAGAGGGUGCAUUCUUUUCCACAGAAAGUCGUUUAACCAGAAAUCAUUCUAUCCAGUAGAAUGAUUGGGAUAAUAUGGGGAUUAGUCUGAGAUUGUUGGAGCCAAUAACCCAUACACAAACACAUAAUGGGUAUGAUGUCCUGCCCUAGUACAGGAAGAUUCUCUGGUUCUGGAAAGCGUUCAUUUGCCAAUGGUUUGUGACCGUUGCAGCUCCAUGUAAUACAAUAAUUUACAAGCUACUGUAAUUCUUUACAGAAUUGUAACUGAAAAUGCAAACAAUCGAGUAGUUAUAGGAUUAUCGUUAGAUCAGGCCUUUCUAAUUUUGUUACUUGUGUUAAUGACUGUAUGUUCAAUUGCACUAGCGAAGUUCUUUUGGAAAGUACUUUCCAUGUCAUGCAUCAUUUGGUGUAAAUUGAGUCAUUUUCACAACUCUUCUUUUAGAUUCUUUUAAAUGUAAUAAAAGCCUUUGUUUUUAUUCAUAACUAGGCCAAAUAAUUAGUAAAUGGCUUUCAUAAUUUUAAUUGAUUUGAUGACUCCCUCAUUUUACUGUUGUAAAUUUAAGCCAUGUCUUGUACAUGUGUGUAUGGCGAUACAGCAUGCCUGUUUGAAAAUCUUAGUCAUAAUGAACAAUGGUGACACUGCAGAAUGAGAUAGCUGCUGAAAAAUGAUUUAAUAUUUUGCGCUGAUUAUUUGCACUGGUUAGAUAAUUAUUCCUCGGUCUUGACUGGCAGCUGCUAA